UUUGUAUAAGUAUAUUUUUUCAUUUAAAUAAGAACUAUUUACAUUUUUUUUUCUUUUUAGAAUUCUUUAAAUAAAUAUUUAGAUAAUAAAUGUAGUAUUGCUAAAAAAUUAUAUACAAAAAAUUAUCGAUUAUUAGCAAAAUAUGAGCAGGGUAAGAACUUUUUCAAUGAAGAAAUGCCACAUAAUGAAAUGGCACAAAAAAAAUGUAUAACUAAUAAUAAAAAAGGGACAAAUGGAAAACAAAAACCCUCAAAUAGUAGUUCGUUAUAUAUUGAGUAAUACGAUAACGUAUAUCUGGUAUUUCUAAAGAAAAAAAGCAUCCCAGUUUUUAAAAAAAAAAUAUUUAAAGAACUUGAUUAUAAAGACUACAUUAAAAACGUCAAGAUAAAUGAUGAUAAAAAAUAUAAAUAACUAUAUCUUAAAAAAAAAAGAAUACGAAUUGCUUUACUUUUGUUAUUUUUCUUGGUAUAGAUACUACACAUAGUGGAUCUUUCAUUAGAGAAAAUUACAAAGGGUAGAUUAUUGGGUUUAUUAGGCUUGUUAAACGCCAAAAAUGGAACUGUAACUUGAAUGUCUACUGUUGACGUAGAGAGGGGUUUGAUAACGUGGUUCAACAUAGGAGAAUGCAGUGCAUCAAAAUCAAUAACUCUAUCAACUAUUUUGUUUUAUUGCUUACCUUUAUAUAUAUUUGUUGUUAUAUGUAUUGUAUGGACGGUUUAUUACAAUAAAAAAGUUAUAAAAUAUGAAAAUGUUAAGUUCACAAAAAGAAUAAAUAAGAAGUAA